GUCUACUACCGCCCCAGGGCACCGUUCUGGGACCUACGCUAAGGCGGCAGCAGCUGGUACUGCGGGCUGGACAAAAGGAACCUGGCGAUAAGGCUAGAGCAGCGAGUGGAGCGCCCAAUCGGGCAAAGUUUUCCAGAUAAGCACAAGUAUGAAAUAAACCGGUGUGGGGCUGCGGACGUGAAACGACAGCCAAUCAGUGACGAGCGCGUGGGAGUCUGUCCGGAAGAUGAAAUAUUAUGGGCAGCCCAUAGACAGCUAGAGAAGAUGAGGGUCUUCAUUUACCGCGUCUUUGCAGUCAUCUCACUCUUCGUCUUGGCGCCUUACCUGUUCGCCGCCUAUGUCGCGACGGUGGCGUGGCGGCACGUGUACCUGCGCGUGGCGCGCUGGCUCUGGCCGGACCUGGAGGUGGUGUCGCCGGUGACGGUGCGCGCGCUCAUGGACACGCGCCGCAACCAGGCGCUGCUCACCGCCGUCGUCGGGCUGCGCACCGCCGUCGACCUGGCCGCCCUGCAGGCGCGCGUCAGCGAGCGGCUGGUGGAGCUGUGUGAGCCGGGCGGCGGGCUGCGCUACCCGCGGCUGCGCUACGCGCUGACCACGGCGUGGGGCCGGUACGCGUGGCGCGAGGAGGACGCGUUCCACCUGGAGGCGCACGUGGUGGCGGCGCCGUCGCUGCCCGCGCCCGCCGUCGACCACCCGUGGGCGCAGCAGGCGGCCAGUGACGUGGCCGGCAGGUUCCUGCCGCACCACCUCUCGCCCUGGCAGGUCGCCCUGCUGCCCGGCGGCCGCGUCGUCGUCAUCCGCCUGCACCACCUGCUGCAGGCAGAGGGCCCGCGGCUGCUGGACAUGGUGUCGGCCGUGUGCGCGGCGGCGCUGCUGCAGGAGGACGACGAGAUACCACCGCCGAUGCCCGCCCCCUCGCCGCCUCCCGCGCCGCCUACGCCGGUGCUGCGCACACUGCCUGCGCUGUGGGCGGCGCUGCAAGAAACGAGUAAGGACGCUCUGCGGGCGGCGGUGGCCCGCUGGGAGCCAAAGGGCGGCGCCGCCCCCAGGGACCUGCCGGCGUUGCUGGCCGUAGUGGCGGGCGCGUGGGCGGCAGCCGGGUGCGAGGAGCUGACCACCAAGACGCGCCGUCCCCACAUCACCACGGCGGACGCCCUGCGCGCCAUCUCGCCGCCCGCCGUCUUUUGGGCGUCUCUCAGGGUGUGGUGGUGGGUGGCGGUGGUGGCGACGGUGCGGCUGCCGCUGUGGUGGACGGUGCAGGUGGCGCAGCUUGUGGUGCGGGGGCGGCGGUCGGCGUUGGCGGCGCAGUGGCGGCUGGCGGCAGCCGCGGGGGCGGAGCUGCGCUGGCUGUGCCUGCAGCUGCUGGACGGCCCGCUGGCGAUGCUGCGGCAGGCGCUGCACCCGGGGAACGCCAGCGCCAGGUCCAUGCGCGCCGGCUCCUUCACCGGCCGCAAGGUGGUAGCGUGGUCGCGGCGCGUGCAGCUGCCAGAGGGUGCGGACGCGACGUCGCUGCUGGCGGCCGCCACGCUGUCGCUGCGCGCCUACUUCCAGUCACUGCACGCGGCCAGCUGCGAGGACGCAGUCUGCUCGUGCCCGUGCCCUCUGCCCGCACGCGUGCUCUGCCUGGCCGGCGUGUCGCAGCGGCCUGGCCUACUCGCGCUGCCGCUGCCCACCAACCCGGCCUGCGACUUCGCCGCGCCGGGACACCCGCAGGCCGCGGAGACGCUGUGGCUGGUGCGGCACGAACUUCGGCUUGCUCGCCGCCAGCAGGCGCUGCUGCAGCGCUUCCUGAGCGACGGCAGCGCCUUGCCGCGGCUGCUGCCCUCGACGCUGGUGCGCGUUCUGCUCAACGCCGCGUCGCGCUGCUACCCCGUGCGCGUCUCCAUCAUUCCCGCCGUCGACGAGCUGGUGCCCGCCUCCGAGAGCCUCGUCCUCUGGCAGCCGCCCCAGGGAAACGUCUGCCUGUCGCUAUCACUGCUGCUGGAGAAAGACGGGACGAGCUGCCGGCUGGCCGUCAUGGCAGACGCUUUCGUGACGCCGCAUCACGCCGCCAUCGCAGAGGCCUUCCCCGACGCGGUGAACACCAUAGCCCAGGUCAUGCAGGAGCAGCGACAACGGCCUGCCCAAAGAUCGAGGUCCCAGUCGCCGGACCCGUCUCACAAGUCAGCCACUGCGUCACGGCCAGAGACGCCGCUGCCUUCACCCGGCAAGACGCCACCGCCGCCCCCGACACCUGACAAGACGCCGCCCCCGACGCCACAUCCGUCAAGCCCGGGUUCGUCGUCCCCGCCGCCAGCGCCAUCUCCGCCGUCAACGCCAUCUCCGCCACCUGCACAGGAGCUGUCGCCGCCAGGCUCACAACACGCCUCACCACCCACGCCACCAAGAUCACCGCACUAGACUUGUAAGGACGCGAUCGUCAAGAUAAACGCACUAAAGUGAAAGCACUAUCACUGUACUUGCCUUUCUCUUCCGAUAUUGUGUUGAAGCGCCCUCCAGUGCACACCACCUGAUGAUAGUUUCCAUUCAAGUACCCGCAACGUAGUUUGACCCCUAUUAAAAUACGCAAAAUAAUAUCACAGAUGAGCAGCACUUGUGUUUAUCUUCGCAUGUUUAUAAAUAUACACCAUACGAUACCGUGUGGUAUGAAGUUACUCAUUUCUCUUUAACUAGACCAUAUAUUUCCACAGAACGCUUGAAGAAACCAAAUUCUGAAACAGAUCUGUGUCAGUUUAGUUAAAAUAUGCAUAUGAUUCUGGAGCAUUAACAAUUGUCAAUUAUUAUAAAACAAUUUUAUUUUGAGUUCCAGUUGCCAAUUUUUACAGGUAUGGCCAGUCUUGGCAGUUAAGUCCUCAUCAGCUAUCUGAUGAUGUCAUAAACGCCGAAAUGAGUCAUAGCUGCGAAAAAUUUGCGACUGGGAAUGAGUUUUUUAAGAUAAUUAUAAAAAUAAAAAUAUUUUAUCUUGGCAAUUUUAUGUUGCCACUUUUAAUGGAAUGUAUUUUCAUUCAUUCAUUCAUUCAUUCAUUCAGUGAAGUUUCAUUCACAUUUCAGAAUAAAAAUUUCCUCUUACAACCAAUACAAGUACAUAAUGAAACCACAUAAUUUUCGUUGUGUCUCGCUAUAGGAUGACGAAAUCAGUAACAGACAUAAAACGUUUGCGACUGGGACUGAACUGUUUUAAAGUAAUUAAGAAAUUAAAAAUAUUUUAUUUUGCGACUUUUAUGUUACCACUUUUAAUGGCAUGCAUUUACACUCACUGAUGUUUCAAGAUAAUCACUCUGUCACAGCUGUUACACCAUUACAAAUUAGUUACAUGUGACAAUAGAAUCCUCCGAUUUCCCUGUGCUGUUAUUAUUGCUGGUAAUUCACAUUCCUCGUUACUUUGUUAUCAGGGAGACAACACGAUUUACAAAAAUCUAAAUUUAUCAACAACUGUAAUCUGCCAAAAAUGCAAUAAAUAGUGCCUAAACAAAAUUAUGAAAAAUAAUUAGAAAGAGGUUUCAAAAUCUGUAAACUUGGAUGAGAAUUGUCAGAUUACAAGAGUUUCUGAUUCUUAGUUUCUGUUACAUGUUUCAUAAAAGCAAGAGCAGAAAUAUAUAGAAUAUUGAAUCUUACCUACACAGAAAAGAAUAAACAAUGAGAAUGUAUAUUUACUGCAUGAAGGAAAAGUGCUCAGUAAUUUACAAUAUAUGUAAUUGAAUCAUGUAACAAUAGUAUUAUUUGAUUAAAAACAACUUUGUGUAGUAGACAGUUUUUUCUUCACCUUGAAAAGCAUGAAAAAUUUUCCGUACAUGUAUAAAUGACACUGAGCCUCUUACCUGUGGCUUCUAUCACUAUGAUGGUAAAAAGACUAUGAGACUAAAUGACGGAAAAUUAUGUUUUCACACUCAUUUCAUCAAAUGACUAUGGAGGAAGAAGACACAAAAAGAAAAACUUUAGUUAUACUUUUACUGUUAUGUACUUUAAACAUUAAAUUAUAUAUAUUACAUUAGCUGUAUUCCAUUGAAACCAUAGAGAGCGAUCUAUGGCACCUGGAAAUUAAUCAAAAACAUACAUUUUUUCAUGAACAAUACAAUAAAAUAAUUUGAUAUAUAUAUAUAAUGUUAAAUUAUUGUAUUGUAUAUAUACCACAAUUAUGCUUUUGGUUUCUGAAAAUAUCAUCCUUAUAAAUUGAUUUUCUACAUAAUUGAUUUUUAGCACAUUACUGAGGGGAAACAUGCAGAAUAAAUUAGUUUCUUUAUUUAUGUUAUUAUUUUACAUGCUGCAAACUUAGGUACUACAAUAGUUCUUCUCAUUGGGUUUUCCAGUUAAGACUCUGGUCAAUCUCUAGUCCUAAAAACUUAGCACUUUAUACUUCUUCCAUUUCAUUCUUUGAAGGAACUAUUUUUAUAAUUACUGGAAUUCUAUGAGAAGGACUGACUGGUAUGUACUGAAUCUUAUCAGUGUUUAAUGAUAAUCCAUGUACUGUUAUGUGAUUGAUAUGGAACUGAUACAUUAUGAUUUCUGUCAUUCAUUUCAGAUGAAAAGUGUGAAUAUGCUGUGUCAUCUCCUCUACUUUAACUUUUACCUGAAGAUAUCAUACUUCAGGAAUUAAAAUCCAUAGCCAAAUUACAAAAUAUUACGAUUCUGUAUUUUCUGAUUUAUUUAUUCUUAUGUCAUCUGUCAAUGUUUUUCUGAUGUAAGUGCUCAUAAAUUCUAUCCUUGAUCGAUUUUUUAAAUUCUUGCUGCAAUGAGAAGUAUUUGUGGUACUACACUAAUGUAUAGUCUCCAUUUCUGUGAAGUGCCUUGACUGUAGCAUGUUUAUAUCUAUCUGAGUAAGAAGUAAUGUGAAAUGAUCCAUUACACAAGUAACUAAAUAUAUUUCAAAAUCUAGCUGAACAACAAUUAAUUUAUUCUAUAGUUGAUUUCAUCAUAACUUAUCAACAUUUGUUUACAAGCGAAUUGAUAUUAAAUAUUCUUUUGCAACUGUAGGGUAACUGAAUUUAACAAAUUUAUUCCAGAAUGAUUUUCUCAUAAAUUGUAGAUUGCCUACAACAGACAUGUUCAAACCUUAACUUAUCUGCUACUAAAAAAAUGUUAUUUAAAGUGUCUCAAUUUUGGAACUAUUUUGGCUCAGUUCAUUAUCUGUUUUUGAAAAAAUUACUUCAUUGUAUUGAUUAA